AUGUCUUGUCUAUCUACCAUCCGCUCCAUCUUCCAAUCAAAGAAGAAGAAGAUCAACCCCCCAUUCUUGACCGAAAAACCUGUUAAUCCCCCAUCCACUUCCCCCCGCCCCUCCGUCUCCACCUCCACCCAAACAAGCACUCUGUUGCCCAAACCACCCCUACAUACCGUCCCGAGCGCCAUAGUCUCCGCGACAGAAAAAGGCAUGAUAUCCGCAUCUUUGUGUUCAGUAUCGCAAUCUCCCUCUGCACCGACAUCUUCAUCAACAACCACACAAACAACAUCAGCGCCGGUGUCAUCCCCAUUUUCUGGUUUCCCGUUAGCAUCACCGUCGCCAUUAUCGCUGUCGUCAUCGGAGUUGUCUCCGUUUGUUCCAUCAUCACCUGUAUCGCCCGUGUCAAAGUUUGAGGGGGGAAAUGGGGAGAAAAGGGAAAGCGAGAGUGUAAACAGCACCACAACACUAACGCGAGGUGAAGAAGCUUGCGUUUCGGGACAGAGUAGUAGACGGACGAGUGUGAGGUUCAAGGGUCUAGAUGUAUGA